AUGGAUGGUUCAAAUGCUUUGAACAAGUCCAUGCAAAGUUUAUGGUCCACCCACAGAAAGGCGAAGCUCAAUUUAAAUGCUCCUACUCUUCUUCCGCUAAACACGCCUGUCGAGACCCCUCCUCCAGAAGAUGCAAAUCAACUACCCGUGUUAGAAAAUCCAGUUGAACCAGGGACCUCGAUUGUUCCUCCAUCUUCCACAGCACCCGCUACGAAUGAUGUAACCUCGCCCGACACUCGUCCCCCUUCCUCAAAGAGAAAAUUACGCUCAGCCCGUUCAACGGCAGAAGACAAUAGUAAACGACCCAAGCUAUCUACGAAUGCAAUAGCGAAAGAUCAUACCCCCCCUACCACACGAUUGUCUGAUCUCGGUGGUGUAGAAGCAUGCGUGGAAAAGAUGCUGGAGCUCGUUGCCAUGCCUCUCUGUCAUCCGGAAAUUUAUCUGCACACUGGUGUGCAGCCUCCGCGUGGUGUUUUGCUGCAUGGCCCUCCGGGGUGUGGCAAAACCCUUCUAGCGAAUGCAAUUGCCGGGGAGCUGGGUGUUCCCUUUAUCAGCAUAUCUGCUCCUUCUAUUGUGUCCGGCAUGUCUGGAGAGUCCGAAAAAACACUACGGGAUACAUUUGACGAGGCUAAGCGUGUUGCUCCAUGUUUACUGUUUAUCGACGAAAUCGAUGCUAUCACUCCAAAACGAGAAAGUGCCCAGAGGGAGAUGGAACGACGCAUAGUCGCACAGUUCCUAACCUGCAUGGAUGAUAUGUCUUGGGAGAAGACUGAAAAUAAGCCAGUGAUCGUCAUUGGUGCCACAAACCGACCAGACUCGUUAGAUGCUGCUCUCCGUCGUGCAGGCCGAUUCGACCACGAGAUAAGCAUGGGCGUCCCGGAUGAGGAGGCCCGAAGCAAAAUUCUGCGAGUACUAUGCGCAAAACUUCGGCUUGACGGCGACUUUGACUUUGCUGCCUUUGCCAAAGCUACGCCUGGCUACGUAGGCGCAGAUCUAUCAGCGUUAACAGGCGCAGCGGGCGUCAUCGCCGUCAAGCGCAUCUUCAAACAACUCACAGAUGGCACACUCGUCCUUCCAGAGGCAUCAGAAAAUAUCGGCCAGGAUAUCAUGGCCGUGGAUUCGCCACCAACGCCCCCAGCCGAUACGACACCAAGCAUAAUGCCUUUUUUCUCUCUAGCAUCCCAACUCUCUACUUCUUCCAUCGCGCACUUCCUCAGUGCACAUCCCUCUCCCCUCACACCCGCUCAGCUUGCCCCUCUCUGCAUUACUUCGGAUGAUUUUUACGCCGCGCUACGUGAAGUUCAGCCUUCCUCCAAGCGAGAGGGAUUUGCAACCGUGCCAGAUGUGACGUGGGCCGAUAUCGGCGCGCUGCAUGGCACACGUGAAGAGCUGCACAUGGCAAUCGUGCAGCCUAUCAGACGCCCUGAGCUGUUCAGUGCUGUAGGCAUCGAGGCAGCGUGCGGUGUGCUGCUGUGGGGUCCGCCGGGAUGCGGAAAGACCUUACUGGCGAAAGCUGUUGCAAAUGAGUCCAGGGCAAAUUUCAUCAGCGUCAAGGGCCCUGAGCUUUUAAACAAAUAUGUCGGCGAGAGCGAGAGAGCUGUGAGACAGGUGUUCUCUCGUGCCCGUGCCUCAUCUCCCUGCGUGAUCUUCUUCGAUGAGCUAGACGCUCUCGUCCCUCGGAGAGAUGAAAGCAUGUCAGAAUCUUCCGCACGCGUUGUGAAUACGCUACUCACGGAGCUAGACGGACUUGACUCCCGCAAAGCUGUCUACGUCAUCGCCGCAACGAACCGUCCCGAUAUGAUCGACCCAGCUAUGGUUCGCCCAGGGCGUCUCGACAAGCUCCUCUACGUUGACCUACCAAGCACCGACGAACGCGUCGAAGUCUUACGGACGCUAGUGCGCAAAGUCCCAUUCGCGCCUACAGAACCAGGUGCCGAGACGAUCCUGCAGGGUGCGGAAUGCAUCGUGCGGGAGAAAUGUGAUGGGUACAGUGGUGCGGACCUGGCAGCUGUCGUUCGGGAGGCAGGCGUUGUGGCACUGAGACGCGUCCUCGGUGCGCUUGACCAGAUGGAUGACAGUGGUGGAGGUUUGGUAGAGAAUCAGCCACGAGUGGUUGUUGUAUUGGAGGAUUUCGUUAGGGCUCAGGAUAAGGUUGGUCCCAGUGUGUCUACUGUGCAACGGAGGAAGUAUGAAGCGCUGCGAGCCAAGUUUGCUGGCCUUCCUGUGCGAGCGGGGAAGGAUGUCGAUUAG